AUGUCAACAACAGAGAACACAACAACAGUUAUAGUCCAUGAAGCUAUAAAUGAAGAAUACGAAUACAUACAAUAUAACAAACAGUUACGUCUCAUUCGUUCGGUCAAAGACGAUAUGUACCAAAUGCAAAGUAUUUUGAAUGCUCUUCGUUCUACAAAGCAAGCAUAUCAUUGGUUUGAAAACCAACAGACAAAAGAACUUUUAGAAGAAUUUCCUCAUAUGAUUGCUUCCCUCGGAAAACCGAGAGAAGAGAUUCCGUACGAAAAUCGUGAAAAAUUGCCAAACGGUUUGAGAGGAUAUUAUGUACAUAGACUUCUUGUAAAUGCUGUUGCAAUGUGGGCUUCAGCUCGUUAUGCUUGGAAUAUUUACAGACUUCUUGACGAAAUUCAUAGACAAGAACGUGAAGAGAUGGAAAACAAGCUUGAAGCAAAAGACAAAAGCAUUCAGAAAAGAAUACCACGUUCAGUACCAAAAGGAAAGGAAAAGAACUAUAAGUAUAUGAUUUAUACUGAAGAGAUGGAAAAUGAAGAAGACAGAGAUAUGGUUAUGUUGCAUUUAGUCAGAAGAAACACCAAAAGCUUUUACGACCUUGCUAAGAUUUACAAAUCUGACAGAAAUUGGUUCUAUCGCGAAAACUUACCGAUUUCAAUGACACCGAAUGAAGAUGUGAAACAAAUAGUUCAAGAUACGUUACCUCAAACACACUAUGAUAUGAAAGGUUGUACAAUACUUACCUUCAAAGAAGAUUUGCCAUUGUUAAAGGAAAAAAUAACAGAGUAUUUUGACAACUUCAAACAAGUAGGGUAG